AUGGAGUGGUUAACGAGCGCUGAGGGUCUGAAUGCCCGUCAGGAGCUGGAGGCGUCCGUUCGUGAGCACCACCCUCACUUGCGUGAUGAAGAAGUCGACCUCAUUGUGGACGGUCGUCUACUACGCAUGGUUCGGGAGCGCACGGCGGAGCAAGCACCUGCGAGCGGCCAGCAAGGAGGAACCGGUGAAGGAGGAGCUGUGCACGAGGCUCCAAGUGCUACCCAGUUAGCCCAACUCAGGAAGGGAGAUGAUGAGACGGCGGAAUCCUACUGCAAUAGGGCCUGCACCAUCCGAGCGGAGCUGCUGACCAUUGGAAAGGAGGUCCACAUGGCCACGUUUGCCGCCCACGUGCUGAAGGGCCUACCACCGGAGUACGGAUUUCUUUGCCGCAAGCUCGAAUUUUCCAGCCCUGACAUGACGGUGGAACGCGUGUGCAGCGAGGUGUUGAUGGAGGAGCAGACUCUCUCCAUCGAACAGAGUUACAAGCAGAUCACCAGUGAUGCAUCUGCUUUCUCGGGCGCUGUCAAUGCCAUCGUGGCUACAACGGGGGUCAACGGGAAGGAAGGAAAAGGGGGAAGGGAGCAGACGGACAAAAACAAGGAUGGCAAGUGGAAGAAGAAGCGAGCCCCCUUCAAGGGGCGCUGCUACAACUGCAAUGAGGAGGGGCACAUGGCUGCCAAGUGCCCCAACAAGAAGAAAGAUACAACGCCCGCGGCCGCCGCGAACGUAGCUGAAGGAGACGGGAAGGGCGUGGCGCUCAGCGUCGCGUGUUCGGCUGCAAACCUCAAUACGUACGCGGUGGGCUCCAAGGCAACGCCCAACCUAUGGCACGCUCGCCUUGGACACAUCCACUUCGAUGCGGUGAAGCGGACAGCCACGAGCGGUGGCGUGUUCGGUAUGGACCUGGAGAAAGGAGGUGAGGAUAUGUCGUGCACCUCCUGCCAUGAAGCCAAACUCACUCGUGAAUCAUUUCCGCUGCACGACGAGCGAGAGGAGCAGCAGAAUCCGCCUCCACCACGUACCGUCAUCGUGGUCCCGGUACCGUCCGUGCAAGGGGGCGAGAAACCCCUUGAUCGCUCGGUGGGACCUUUGGGCAGCAAGGCACCUACUGCACCUCCUCCUCUUGGUCCACCCUCCGUUGCUGAUUCGGCGCCCGUAGGAGCAGAGGAUGGUCCUCUGGAGGUUGACACCAGCAUGGCUGAUCACGAGGAGGAAGAAGAAGAGAGGGCGGGCACAGCAGCGGUGGAGCUGGCUCUUGUGGUCUACCACUCGCACGGCCCCUUCUCAGGUGCGCCCUUCUCAGAUGCGCCCUUCUUAGGCCAGAUGCUGUGCCCCACGCCAUCCCCCUUAGCUACGCCACCAGCGGGUCUGGAGCGCCACAAGCACAUGGUGCUCGUCGCCGCCUCGCCACCCUACCGCCUGUCCACCCCCGUCGUCAAGCCGCCCCUGCCCGAAUCCACCCCUCCUGCGGAUGCUGGGGGUGGCGGCGGGGGCAAGUGGGAGGCAGCGGUGUGGUGGCUGGCGUCCGCCCCCAUGGUGGCUUCGCUCUUUGCCCACCCCGAGGCAAAGCCUAGUUCCAGUGCAGCAGAGCCAAUGGCACGGCAUCACCCCCACCACGUGGCGCACAUUGAUGAGGGCUCACUGGAGGCUUUUGAGUCGAUUAAAGACUCCAACAAUCCCGAGGCAGCAGAGCCAGUAGUAGAUGCAGUGCGGCAGCAACCCCAUCACGUGGCGCUCAUUGCUGAAGGCUUCCUCGAGGCUCGCAGCGUUCUGCACCGCACACCACCGCCCAAAGAGGGCCCGCCACGUGGCGCACAGGCGGUGGCCCCCUCUUUUGGUGGUGGUGGAGGAGGAGGGCCCGGGGCAGGGGUUGAGGGCCAGCAGUGGCGAUGGGCGACUAGCACAACAACCAGGGGCGCUGAUGGGUCAGCAGGCAAAGCAGGUGGGAGCCCCCCCUGGCUGCUGCAACGGAGGAAGGUGUGCCAGUGGGGGUGGGGGGAAGGCCCACCAGGCGGCACCGCUGGUAUCGCCACUAGUGCUGCUGGGGGUGGCGCUGGUGCAGGGACACUGCCUGGCAUCGUUGCUGCUGCUGGAGGGCCGGUGCGAGUGGCAAUGGGUGGUGGGCCAGCGGAAGUAGCUAAAGCAGGAGCGAUGCAGCAGCCUGGACUGCCCCUGCAGGCACAGUAG